AUUCUAAUCCAAGUAAUCGCUAACAACCCCGAUAUUUCCUUCUAAUUAUGUUUAAGUUAAUUUUUGUUAUAUUUUUUUGUAUUCUGAUUAAAAUUGAUUGUAAAUAUAUAGAGGGUGUUUUAAAAACUAGCGAGAAUUGGGCAUUUUUAACUAGAUUUUGUUUUUUAUCGGAAGAAGGUCAAUUUGAAUAUCAAAUCGACUUCAAUGAAGAUCAGGGAGAUCCUAAUCUUUUACUUUACUACGAUACCGAGUCGCAAUGGCCAGCGGUCUAUAAAACAAAUAAAACUUGUGAAGAAAAAGAGAGAGUUCUAAAUAUACGACAAAAUCAAAUAAUAAAUCUGACUGCGCGUUUUUCAUCUUACAAAGAUAUGUCGGGCUGCGUCUUUCUAGAAAAACCCAUUACAGUGCCCACGUAUAAUUUAAUCGUUCCAACGUUGAAGCCUGUAAAUCAGACAUUAAAAGAAAAAGUAACUACCAAAUCUGCCGUUACAAACGAAUACAGUACCGAAUGGUCUACCAUUCCAUCGACUUCUUCAGAAUAUACUACUUAUUUUGAUGACAAUGAAAUGUCCACUACUGCUUAUGAAGAAACGUUUUCAAGUACAGAUGGAAUUUCAACGACUGAAAUAACGUCCACGAUUAGUAUUAAACCUGCGAAGCAAUCGCGUUUGACAAAAAGAUACGCUCCUAUGACGUUUUAUAACGAUCAGCUCAUGCGCAAAGGACGAACUGUGAUGUGUCACAACGCAAGAAGAUUCAGAAGUUCUAGAGAAAGAUGGUGGUUUAUUGCUAUAAGCAAUUGCGAUGGAAGAAAGGGAAUUGAUAUUCGAUAUCGUAUAUUGAUGACAAACGGUCCGCCCGGAGAUUAUUGGCACGAACAUUUUUCUGCAGACGAAUUUUAUAUUUUGCCAGUUUUAAUGGCGUUUACAACAGCGUAUUGCUUUCUUCUUCUAGGAAUAGUAGUUUGUAGUUUAGAAUUAAAAUCUAGGCAAUUAUUACACACCACAUACAAAAUUUUCGUAUUUUCUGUAACUAUACAGUUAUUUGGGAUACUUUUCGUUAGUAGUUGUUAUCUAAAACUGGCUAUAUCCGGUUUUAUGGUUACCAAAAUAAGACGAUUCGGUCAAAUUUUAAUGGGAAUAUCGGAAAUUAGUUUUUUAUUGCUCCUGUUACUUCUAGCUAAAGGUUAUACAGUUACUAGAGGACGGUUACCUGUACGUGGUACAGUAAAGUUAACAGUAUUCAUGUGUAUGUACACUGUUACUUACGCCGCUUUAUUUAUAUACGAAUCACAGGUUUUCGAUCCAGGUGAAGUAUUAUAUCUUUACGAAUCACCUGCGGGUUACGGUUUGAUUAUACUAAGAGUGGCUGCUUGGUGUAUGUUCAUUUAUUCCACUAUUUUCACACUUAAGCGUUUUCCUGAAAAGGGAAAUUUUUAUUAUCCGUUCAACGUUUUUGGAACGGUCUGGUUUGUAGCAGGACCGGCUUUCAUCAUAUCAGCAAAUACGUACAUUGACAAAUGGGUACGAGAAUCGGUGGUAUUUGCAAUACUUCUUUUCAUAUCAUUCGGAGGGCACUUGAUGUUUUUGAUUCUAACAAUGCCCUCUGUAGCAAAUAAGAAUUUUCCUUAUCACGUACGUACUACUCAAAUCGGCAUCAUGGAACUGACGGGUCGGACCGGUACUAGUACCAUGGAACAAUUCGGUCAUCACAUUUACGAACCCACGGCAACUUUGCGCGAACAGACCGUAAUUAUACCGUUGACGCGUAGAACGGAAGAAAUUUUCGAAAACAUGUACCAACAAACAAAUCGAAGGACUUUAACUGAUCUUCCGGACACCGAGCCACUUCAUGAAAAUGAAAGGGACAAAACGAUAGAUAACGUUUUGAGUUGGUCUUUGGCUAAAAAUUUGGAUUUGCAUAAAAAAGAUCGAUUAGACCACAAUAGUGAUAGUGCUACAGCUUCAGCCCAUUCACGAAGCGACAUCAGUAACGUUCUAAGUAGAAAUUCGUCGUUUAGAGACUUGUCUAAUUCUAAAAAUAUCACUCCCCAUUACGAAGGAUAUAUACGAGAAGUUCCUAUAGAAUUGUUCACGGUCAGUAAGAUGAUAGUAACGACGAAUAGUGUACCGAAGCCUACAGCUCCCCCGCUGCCAGAAUAAAAAACCAUUUUUGAAAUAAUUACUUGCUAUGACAAUUCGAAAUUCUUGUUUUAUUUUUGUAGGGUAUUUAAUACGAAUAAAUAAUAUAAAUCUA